AUGGCCAACAAUGUCAUUGCUGCUUGUAUCUCCAACAAGAGCACAUCAUCUCAAGCCAGCCAAGAGCGGGCAGGCUUUCUACUGUCGUGUGGCAAUUUGGACUCUCUCCAGUAUCGGUUCGAGGACGCAGAGCACUUGGUGGAAGGCUUGAAUCGUUUUCAUGACUGCGAUCCGAAUGAUCCCGGCAAUGAGCCUAAUGCGCUUGCCUCACGCUUCCAUACCGUGAUACGUGAGGCCGCUCAAGAUCGGACUUUUUUGGCUACAGACACUGGGCACAUGGGCUCUGGACCUAAGCUCGCUCGCAAGGGCGACGUAGCUUUCAUCAUGCCUGGAGGUCGCUAUGUCCAUAUCCUACGACCCGUGGACAAUUACUACCUGUACGUGGGAGCUGCCUACGUUUACGGCAUGAUGGAAGGCGAGGUCUUCGAUCUUGGACUGGAGCCGGAGUGGGUCAAUAUCAGAUAA